AAAGGUUCCGCCUGCGAGCAGCGUGAAUUGCGAGGCUUGCAGGCACGAAACCUUCCGGCAGCAUGAACAACGCAGAGUUGGCAGAAGCCUUUAAGACUCAGAUAAGGCAGGACCCAGAUGUUGCCUCUGCAGUGGCUGCUAUCCGUGUUUUGUUGGAGUUUUUGAAGAAAGACAAAGGUGAGACCAUCCAAGGGUUGAGAGCAAAUCUCAAAAAUGCAAUAGAAACACUUUCCAGUGUCGAUUCCUCUGUGGCUAUCUCAUCCGGAGGGGAGCUCUUCUUAAGAUUUAUCAGUCUCACAUCUUUGGAGAACCCGGACUAUUCCAAAUGUAAAGCGAUCAUGAUUGAGAGAGGGGAGGUUUUCCUCCAGCGAAUCUCCCAUUCGAGGGAGAAAGUUGCCACACUCUGUCACACCUUUGUCAAAGAUGGUGGGAGAAUAUUAACUCAUGCAUACUCCAAGGUGGUCCUGAGAGUGUUAGAAGCUGCCGCAAAUUCAAAGAAACGUUUCAGUGUCUACGUCACCGAAUCACAGCCCGAUCGAGCAGGGCAGAAGAUGGCCAAGGCCCUCACCAAUCUUGGCAUUCCGGUGACUGUAAUCCUGGAUGCUGCAGUUGGUUAUAUCAUGGAAAAAGUAGACCUGGUAAUAGUUGGUGCUGAAGGAGUGGUGGAGAAUGGAGGAAUUAUUAACAAGAUCGGUACCAAUCAGAUGGCCGUGUGUGCCAAAGCUCAGAACAAGCCUUUCUAUGUGGUCGCGGAGAGUUUCAAAUUCGUGCGGCUCUUCCCUCUGAACCAGCAGGAUGUCCCGGAUAAGUUUAAGUACAAAGCAGACACACUGAAGAGAAGUAAGACCCUCGUAGAGGAGCACCCCUGGACUGAUUACACCUCCCCAUCUUUAAUCACGCUCCUGUUUACAGAUCUUGGGGUUCUGACCCCUUCUGCUGUUAGCGACGAACUCAUUAAACUCUACUUGUAAAAUG